AUGAAUCCAUCUCUGGAUCCUACAAGUCCGUAUUUCCUUCAUCCUGGAGAAAGUCCAGGUACACCAUUAAUCUCUACAAUUCUUGGAACGAACAACUAUCAUCUUUGGGAAAGAGCGAUGUGGCGUGCGUUGAGAUCGAAGAACAAAGUAAAAUUCAUAGAUGGCUCAACUGAGAAACCAAAAAGUAGUGAUUCUUUGUUUGAAGCGUGGGAAAGGUGCAAUACCUAUGUGAUUUCAUGGAUAAGCCUAUCUUUGAGUUCAGAAAUUGCUCAAAGUGUGCUAUGGAUCGAUUCAGCCGUGGAGCUUUGGAAGGAGCUACAACACAGGUAUCAACAAGGUGAUAUCUUCAGAAUUGCUGAGCUAGAAGAAGAGUUAUUCGCUGUGAAGCAAGGUGAUCUCUCGAUCACGGGAUACUACACGAAAUUGAAAAGAAUUUGGGAAGAAUUGGAUAACUAUCGCCCAAUCCCUCAGUGCUCUCACUGUAGAGGAAGAUGCAAUUGUGAAUACAGCGUGGUUAGAGGAUACAAAGAGGAUUCUUGUGUCGUGAGGCUCCUAAGGGGGCUGAAUGAACAAUUCUCUACUGCGAGAUCACAGCUCAUGAUGACAAAGCCACUGCCAGGUAUAGAUGAAGCGUUUUCUUUGUUGCUGCAACAAGAAAGGCAACUGAACGCGGGUGAGAUGGUAGAAGACAGAAUUUUAAUGGCAAAUUCUGGAGGUUUUAGAGGAAGAGGCAGAGGCAGAUCAGGAAUUGGAAGAGGAAAUCCUGGAAGAGGUGGAAGAAACUCAAGGUACUGCACUUUCUGUGGCAAAAGUGGUCAUUUGGUGGAUGUUUGUUAUAGGAAACAUGGAUUUCCCCCACACUUGAAAAAUGGAGGCAAUGGGAAUGCAAUCAAUAAUGUGAUAGCUGAUGAGAACAGUGAUGAAAUCAGCAAUGAAAUCCAAAAGGAUAGUGAAGCAAAUUCGAAGUUUGAUUUUAAUUCAGAACAGAGAGAAGCACCAAGUGUCUGUUUGAACCAACAGGAUGCACAACCAAGGCAUAGCAUUAACCAGAUCUAUACCACAACUCUUCCAUCCAAUGAAGGUAUUUCAUACAUCAUGUCUCUUUCAGUAUUUUCUCCAGGUUCCUGGGUAAUUGACUCAGGGGCUACUAAUCAUGUUGCUUUUUCAACUAAGUCCUUUCAAACUCUUGAAGAAAUUAAAUCUGUUUUGAUAAAUAUGCCAGAUGGUUCACACACCAUAGCCAAAUUAGCAGGAAAGGUGAUGUUUUCAGAACAGUUUUUCUUGAACCAUGUGUUUUUCAUACCAAACUUUAAGUUUAAUCUGAUUGCUGUGUCAAAGUUGACUAAAGAUUUAAAAUGCAAAUUGGUUUUUGAUGAGGAUAAUUGUGAAAUUCAGGACAAAGCUACCACGAAGAUUAUUGGUGUAGCUGAACAAAGAAUGGGACUCUAUGCAUUUGAAAGUCUAAUUCCUGUUCCAGCUACACAUAACAACAUUGCGCAUGCAUCUGCACUCACAACACACAUCUCACAACCCUCACAAACUGCUGAAAGCACUCUACAAUGCACCAGCACAAACACAUCAACACUUAGACAUUAG